UCAGACAGGAACCAGUGGAGGGGAGGUUGACAAAUCAAGAUGGCGACCUACGCUGAAGCAGGAAAGAGGUUUCAGUAUAAAUAAAACCGAAUCGGAGAUUAGCUUAAAUUGGAGUGGCAGCGCUAUAAGGCGUCGUUUGGAUUUUGAAAGAACAAGACGGAGCAGAUACUGACUCUAAAUGGCUGCGAGGAAGUCUGGCUCAGAUGCAUACAACAAUGGACCCAUCAGCUAUCUUGAUGAUGUUCCCUUCAAGAUAAAUGAUAAAUUCCUUUGUCCAGCCAAAGUGGGUCUGCCUGUUGGUUUCUCUCUGCCAGACUUUGGCUCUGCAUUGGCGGACACAAAGUAUGACUUUUCUCUCGAGAAACGUAGUGUGCGCUGGGGGGCAGAACUGGCUGAGGCCAGAGCGGCAGAAGCCAGAGCAGAAGAGGCUGCAGCCAAGCAGGAGGCAGAGAGCAGGAAGCAUUUGGCCAAGGCCCAGGAGGUUGAUGGUGGUGGAGGAAAGAAACCCCAGUCUGCUGCAGAGGACCAGGACCUUCCACCACCAGCGCUGAACCCUGUUCUUGCAGGGCUGAGCCAUAAUGCCAUCCUCACUCCACUGCCUGCUCCAAGCUUUGACCACCGGAACACCCAACCCAGCACUCCUCAGCUACACAGCCUCAAUUUAGCUGAUUUUGAGCGGGAAGAGGAUCCCUUUGACAAGCUGGAACUCAAAACUUUAGACGAUAAGGAGGAACUGAGAAACAUCCUCCAGAGUCAGCCUCAACCUCAAGCUCAACCUCAGCCUCAGCAUCCUCCUUCUGUUUCCCCACCAGAGAUUUCUCAGCUAGGGCCAACAUCACGUGGAAACAGCCCAUCCCCACCCAGCAUCAACACCAGCCUCUCAUCCAAACCAGGCUUUGCCCACAAACCCAACGGG